AAGCGGGCGAGCUUCGAGCUACAGCAGUUUCUGGAGCAGGAGAAGCAGAAGGCGAUGCUCAAUGAGCUGGUGGCGAAGCUCACGGAGCCCCCAUUUCCCCUCCCCCUCUCCCACUCCUCUCCCUCCCUUGCAAUCCCUCCUCCCUUUCCUCACUCCCUUCCUCCCUCCCUCCCUCCCUCCAUCCCCCCCUCUCCCCCUCACUAUUCUUCCUACUCUCCCUCUCCCUUUCCCCUCCUCCCUUCACUCUGUCCUCACAUGCAAAAGUACUUGAGCCAGGGGCUUGAUGAUCGUCACCCGCGCUCCCCUCAUCACCCUCGUCGACCCGCACCGAUCCUCGCCGCCCUCACCUCCCUUAGUCACCCACAUUCCCUCUCGUCGCUCGCGCUUCCCCUCAUCACCCUUGCCGACCCUCGCCGCCCUCGCCUCCCCUCGUCGCCCGCGCGUCCCGUCGUCGGGCUUGCCUCCCAGUCACUCGCGCUUCCCCUCGUCAUCCGCGUUUCCAUCCGCUCUUCCCAUCUCACCAUCUCCAGCCCGCCCUUCCUCCCUCAUUCCUUCCGAAGGGGUGGGACAGAGGGGGAGGAACAGAUGGGGAGGAACAUAUGGGGAGGAACAGAUGGGGAGGAACAGAUGGGGAGGAACAGAUGGGGAGGAACAUAUGGGGAGGAACAGAUGGGGAGGAACAGAUGGGGAGGAACAGAUGGGGAGGAACAGAUGGGGAGGAACAGAUGGGGAGGAACAGAUGGGGAGGAAAAGAUGGGGAGGAACAGAUGGGGAGGAACAGAUGGGGAGGAACAGAUGGGGAGGAACAGAUGGGGAGGAACAGAGGGGAAGGAACAGAUGGGGAGGAACAGAUGGGGAGGAACAGAUGGGGAGGAACAGAUGGGGAGGAACAGAUGGGGAGGAACAGAUGGGGAGGAACAGAUGGGGAGGAACAGAUGGGGAGGAACAGAUGGGGAGGAACAGAUGGGGAGGAACAGAUGGGGAGGAACAGAGGGGGAGGAACAGAUGGGGAGGAACAGAUGGGGAGGAACAGAUGGGGAGGAACAGAUGGGGAGGAACAGAUGGGGAGGAACAGAUGGGGAGGAACAGAUGGGGAGGAACAGAUGGGGAGGAACAGAGGUGGUCGCUUCCGCCACCACAAUCGAACAGCGUUUCGAUCCCCUCUCUGCUCCCCACCAUCCUCCCCCCAACUCUCUCCCCGGCAUCUGCCCCCGUUCCCCCCAUCCUCUUCCCUGUUUCCCCGUAUCCCCUGCCGUGCUUCCCCCCAUCAUAUCCCCUCUUACCCCGUUUCCCCUGCCCUGCUUCCCCCCAUCCCUUCCCUGCUUCCCCCCAUCCCCCUCCCUGUUUCCCCCCAUCCCCUUCCCUGUUUCCCCCCAUCCCCUUCCCUGCUUCCCCUCAUCCCCUUCCCUGCUUCCCCCCAUCCCCUCCCCUGCUUCCCCCCAUCCCCCUCCCUGCUUCCCCCCAUCCCCCUCCCUGCUUCCCCCCAUCCCCUUCCCUGCUACUUCCCAUCCCUCCCCCUGCUUCACCCCAUCCCCUCCCCUGCUUCCCCCCAUCCCCUUCCCUGCUUCCCCCCAUCCCCUUCCCUGCUUCCCCCCAUCCCCUGCCCUGCUUCCCCCCAUCCCCUUCCCUCCUUCCUCCCAUCCCCUUCCCUCCUUCCUCCCAUCCCCUUCCCUGCUUCCCCCCAUCCCCUUCCCUGCUUCCCCCCAUCCCCUCCCCUGCUGCCUCCCAUCACUCUCAUUCUCCUUCCUCCCGCACUCACUCUCUCACCCUCCUUCCCCUCACCCUCUCCCCUGUUCCCACCUGCCCUCCCCAUCCCCGCCUUUCCCUCCCUGCCCUGCCCUUCCCUUCUCCAUCCCUUCUCAACCCUUCCCUUUCAUGUCAUGCCCUCCCCUUCCCCCUCACCUUCCGCCCUCUAGUUCCCAUGCAUGUGCACCCACCACUGUCUCCCCAUACCAGUACAUGCUUUCAUCAUGUGCGCUUGCUUGUGUUCCCCUGCAGUUGUUCCCUUGGCACCUCACACCACCUCCCCCAUGUUCCGUCACACAAUUCUUUCUGCCUACUCCACUCCCCAAAUUUUCAGUGGUGAAGCAGAGGAGCAAGCUGAGGCGCAGCUAG